AUGGCUAUACCCACGGCGGGGGCGGGUCUGGGAUAUACACCACUACUACACGCGGCCGCCGACGGAGACCAUUAUAACACUGCAUUACACGAGGCUUCCUGGAAGGGCUACAGUCAGACCAUUGAGAAUCUAUGUAAAAACAAUGCCAACCCAUACAUCAAGAAUAAGCAAGGUCACAGCGCAUUACAUCUGGCCUGUCAACAGGGCCACAAUCAAAGCUGUCGUAUACUACUCAUCAGUGGCUGCAAACCAGACAUCAAGAAUAAU